UCCUGUAUCAGCUCGCUACAAAAACCACAAGGUAUAGGUCUGGGAACACUACGUAGGGACACUUAUGCGUGCUAAGGACGCCAUUUUGGAUCCGGGCCGUGUGUUAGCAGGAAGUAUAGAGCGCGGUAGAUUGAAAGCAUCACACACGGCGUUAUAAUCUGCUGCUGUAGUCACCUUCGCAGAGGAGAAAAUCCAGCAGGAUGUCCCGACCCAUGGGCGACAGUCAUAAACGCUUCUUGCAGACCAUGAUGAGUAACGGGAUCAUCAGUAGUCUUCAGGCCAAGAAACUUCAUCAGCAUUGUUGUGAGACUCACGGAGCAAAUCAUUCACCAGAUAGGUUGGAGGAAUUCAUCGACGUGAUCAAUACUAAUCUUCAGCCCAUGUUCAUGCAAAUUCGAAAAGGCAUGUCGGAAGACGACGGAGCUCAGUACUACGCCCUGAUCAACAUGGCCGAAACAGACAUCACGCGAAUGUCUUCAGAUUACGCCGACAAUGAGUUGGAACUGUUCAGGAAAACGAUGGAUCUGGUUUUGGACUCCGAGAAUGGUACCGCCUCGUCGACAGAUCUCCUGAAUAGUGCCGAUCGUCUCCAGACAAAAAAGAUGAAAAAGAAAGAGACGGAGCAGGUGCUGAAUAAGUUUGUCCAGGACAAAUGGUUAAAUGAGAAACAAGGUGAAUACACUUUAAGUACUCGCUGUAUCAUUGAGAUGGAGCAGUAUAUACGUACAGUGUACCAGGACCUCGUCAGACUGUGUCACGUGUGCCAUAACAUCGUUUUACAGGGCCAAAUCUGUGAAAACCCUGAUUGUGGUAUCAAGCUGCAUUAUCACUGCGUGGCCCGGUAUUUUAAAGGACGCAUUGAUCCACAUUGUCCUAACUGCAGCGACUUCUGGGCUCAUGAAAUACCGGAAAUCCAGACGGACUCACAAAACCAGUCUUCAUCAGCGAGAGAGGCGUCUACUCCUGCACCCUCUACGUCGGGCACACGCCGCUCCAGGAGGUCAUGAGAUCGACUCGCUGCCUCCUGAUAUCAGUUGGAAAUGUAAUGUAGUUUAUUUGAUUGUAAUUAUGUUUGGUUUUUAAGUAAAGGAUACGACAGUACAGUUAUGUUCUUUUUAAGAGGAAAAAGAAAAUGUGCUGUUUUUUGCACAAUGUCUGCAAGGUUAAAUAUACAGUAUUUCAAGUAUUUAAAACAGGACAAUAUUGGGUUAUAUAUAUA